AUGGCAAGACUAGCCUUAACCACCGUCUUUCCCAAGUGUGGUCUACUUGGUGCUGCAGUGAUUAGGAACCCAUGGAGCUCUAGGGUUGCAAUCCCUAUAACAAGACGUUUCCAGGCAAGUUCUCGCAAGGAGGCUUCAUCAGCUGGCUUUGAAAUGGCACAUAAGGAUGCAAAACAAGUAAUUAAUGAAGCAAAGGCGACUGGCGAAGCUGUAGCCGAAGAUGUGACCCAGAAAACAAAAGAGGUUGCUGGAAAGGCAUCAGAGGCUGCAAGUGACCUAGCAGACAAGGCAAAACAAACUGCUCAAGAUGCCUGGGGAGCUGUUAAGGAUACCACAACAAAGAUCAAGGACACAGUAGUAGGCAAAGCUGAGGAAUCAACAACAAAGAUCAAGGACACAGUAAAAGGCAAAGCUGAGGAAUCAAAGGAAUUCGUCAAAGAUAAUGCAGAGACAAUCAAGCGCAGCAUGAACACCAAAAAUUGA